AUGCAGCAGUGCGGCCAAUCAGACAACAGCGCCGAAGACGAUUCAGUCGUUUCAUCGACGGAUAGUGAAGAUGGCGACGACGACACCUACAACAACAACUACGACGAUAACAGCGACCAAGACAGCGACUACAUCCCAGAAAAAGAUACUCCAUCGUAUAGCAGCUCAGCAUUCACCACAAAUCCUGCUGAGCAAACGCCUCAUACACUUCUAAACGGGCCACAGUGGCAACUGGCCAACCCUGAGGCGCGGCGUGCAGCAAAAGUAGACUACCGUCUGAAGAAGCCUGGGAAACCAAAAACAACAAGCACAGCUAAGAAACAGGAGCGAAAAUCCAACGACGACUGCAACCGUUGGAUCUGGGAGAGUGCUCCGAAACCACGCAUCAUAGCCGAAUUUGACCACACCGUCCUUGGCAGUGCAUCUCAACCAUUAAGCAAUAUGCGGACUCCAGGCUAUAUCCCGUCCAACGGACCUGCCAACAACAUCGUGCAGGAAUACUUAUCCCCAGAUGAUGCCUACCCAGCAAGCUUCCAGGACUUCAAGGCGAUGACGGAUGCUGAGAAGAUUGAGGUAAUCGCUCGUGAGGCUGAAGAACAUGGGCUGGAGCGACCCAAAGGAUGGAAUGUCUCGUUUCACUAUAACCCACAUGUGGAGUAUCAUCACUUUGGCAGCUCGCAUCCCAUGAAACCAUGGCGACUGACGCUCACCAAACAACUUGUACUCGCAUAUGGACUAGAGUACACUAUGGAUCUUUUCGAGCCACGGCCGGCAAACUUCAAUGAACUGGCCAUUUUCCAUGACCGCGAGUAUCUAUCGUACCUCAGCAAAAUUACACCGCAGAAUGCACAGCCCGAUGACCCACAGUACAUCACGUAUGGAUUUGGUGGAGAGUCUAAUGACUGUCCAGUAUUUGAUGGCCUCUGGAACUACGUGUCCCUCUACACUGGUGCUACCUGCAGCGCGACGUGGAAUUUGCUCAACAGCCGGUCUGACAUUGCAAUUAAUUGGUCAGGCGGGCUGCAUCAUGCCAAGAAGAAUCUGGCCUCGGGAUUCUGCUACGUCAAUGAUAUUGUCAUAGCCAUCCAACUAUUGCUAUCACAUCACCAGCGGGUGCUGUACAUUGACAUUGACGUUCACCAUGGCGACGGUGUGGAACAGGCAUUCGAGUCAACCGACAGAGUAUUCACACUUUCAUAUCACAAGUAUGGCAUUGACAAGCACGGUUAUCCGUUCUUCCCAGGCACGGGGAACAUUGACGAGACGGGCCCGACGGAUGCCCGAAACCCCGGCAAGGCUCACAGCCUGAACAUUCCGAUUGAUGACGGCAUCGAUGAUGAGCAGUACAAGUGGCUGUUUAAGACUGUUACGAGCGCAGUAAUUGAAAAGUACAACCCAACGGCAAUUGUGCUGCAAUCCGGCGCCGACUCUCUGGGCGGAGAUCGGCUUGGCCGGUUCAAUCUCAACAUCAAAGCUCAUGGCUUUUGCGUGGAGACAGUCAAGGCAUAUGGCCGCCCGUUGCUCAUCAUAGGCGGGGGUGGGUAUACGCCACGCAACGUCGCUCGGACGUGGUGUCAUGAAACUUCGGUGUGCGUUGGUGCGCAAUUGCACAACGAGCUUCCAGCCCAUGUGCCAUACCUACAAGCAUUCCAAGGGGCAGAGAACGGCGACGGGGUGCUAUAUCCAGACCUACACAACAUCAAACGGCACGAGAACCUCAACUCUCAGGCCAAGCUGCACAAGCUUAUUGAGCAAGCGCUUGAGAAUUUGAGAUAUCUAGAGGGAGCGCCUAGCGUGACGGUGGACACACGAGGGAUUUCGCUCGAGGAGAUUAUGAAGGUUCGGGAGAUGAUUGACCAGGAGCUGGAGGAUGAGGCGGAGGAUCGGGCGAGGCUGACUGUAGAGAACAGCAGGCGGAAGAAGGAGAGAAAUGUCGGGGGUCGAAACGAGCGGAGGUAG